UCUGUACCGCUUGUCGAUUUUUGUGGUUUUCUGUUCUCUAAUCGGAGAUGUCUGGCCGUGGCAAGCAGGGCGGCAAAGCGCGUGCCAAGGCUAAAUCGCGAUCAUCCCGCGCAGGCCUGCAGUUUCCCGUGGGCCGUGUGCAUCGGCUGCUCCGCAAGGGCAACUACUCAGAGCGCGUGGGCGCCGGAGCUCCGGUCUACCUCGCUGCGGUGCUUGAAUACUUGACAGCCGAGAUUUUAGAGCUGGCGGGCAACGCGGCGCGGGACAACAAGAAGACACGUAUCAUCCCGCGCCACCUACAGCUAGCUAUCCGCAACGACGAGGAGCUUAACAAGCUGCUUGGCCGCGUAACCAUCGCGCAGGGCGGUGUCCUGCCUAACAUCCAGGCCGUGUUGCUGCCUAAGAAGACCGAGAGCCACCACAAGGCCAAGGGCAAGUGAGGCCCGCCAACCCCCGGCUCCCUUUUACGGACACCAAAGGCUCUUUUCAGAGCCACCCAUAUCUUCAAGAAAAGAGCCACACUGAAUCCGCAUGUCUGGCGCAGUUCUCUAUUAAGGAGCGCGUCAGUUGUAGGGGAGGGCGCAAAUGGCAACUGGGACUCCAGGGCUGAGGCAUCCUCGCCAGGUAGGCAAUAUGUGCCCUUUGCGGCAGGAAACACUUGCCUACAGGUGGCCACCCCUUUGAAUCUUCACCCCCAAAACCUCCCGUGGAAUUUUAGUCCCGCCCACCCUUAAAGGUAGCCACAUGAGUACUAGUUACCUUUGACUCCGGAAGGGUUCUAAUUUGUACAAGUCCAGGAUGUGUUUUCCGAUUCCAGGGACAAUCUGGUUGAUUUGUCUGUUACUAAAAAGCAUUUUUGAUAUUUUUUUAAGAAUUUGCUAUUUGAGUUUCAAUAGGUGAAUCUUGGAAGUUCCAUUUAACACGUAAAUUUAGAUAGCCGAUUUUUAACAUCGUAAUGUUCCCGAGAGUUAACAUUUAAUUUAUUGGGUUGAAAUUCUAAGAAUCGUGAAAAUGGUUCAAUACUUUAAAAAGAACCAAAUUAUUAGAUCUCAAAAGGAGGUGUAAACAUUUGAACUAAUCAUGAACAGGAAAAUUACUAGAAGGAAUUUGGGCUGGUCAAACAAAGAUGGGAGACAAAAUAAUUUGUACACUGAAUUUGAUAAGGAAAACUAGGUUUGUGAGGUUAGCAAACUUAUAAAUAUUGUUAGAAUCAGAUUAAAUAUUGUUAGAAUCAGCCUGUGAACUCCACAUUGCAAAGUAAAGGAGGGUUAGAGAGUUCAGAGAUCUCCAGGAAAAAUCAACUAAGAAAUGGUUAUGUUAAUGGCACCUGCCUGGGGUGGAGGAGGGAUUAGUAGGAUUAAUCUGUGAUAAUCCCUUUAAAAUGCCUGCUGCAAAACUAGAGCUCAGUGUUACCUUUGUCCCUGUUAAGGUUAUCAAAUCUAUAGUUUUCGAUCCUUAUCAAAAUAUGGAUGAUUCCUACUUUUAUUUUUUAUUUUUUAAUGGACAAAAUUUUGUACGCAUUUAUGGGGUACAUAGUGAUGUUGCUAGUACAUGUAUGGUAUUCAGAAUAGAGUAAUCAGCAAUUUUUUAUUGUAAUAAUAAAUACAGGCCAGUAAGAGCAUUCAGGAAUGUUAUGUAAUAUGUAUGUAUCCUACUAAAAUUAGGUCUUCCCAAACCAGGGCUCCCUGGACAUCAUCUGGAGCUAACCAUCUUUGUCUUUAGAAAAUACCAC